AUGCUUUUCCCCAUAAUAGGGCAUAAUCUUAUUCGAUUAGGCCAAUUUUCAGGAGGACUUCGUUUACUUUCAAAAGCCACUUCCAGACAGUUCUCAUUAAAUGUUGUUCGCUCAUUAUUUCCUCAAAGAGCCCCUGUUCGAUGGCUAAGAAAGGACACAAAGUCAUUUAAACCUAAAGAAUCUGAUCCUGCACCUCAAUCGCAGAAGCCAAAUGGCAAUGGAAAUUCUAGCCGCCAUCCUUGGCUACCAGGAAUGGCAAUAUUCUUUGCAUUCUCAACUGGCUUAUCAAUUGCUAUUACCUACUACUUCUCUCGAAUCGCAAAACCUACUGAAGUCUCAUAUAGAGUUUUUGAAGAGCUCCUUGCGCGAGGUGAGGUUCGCAGCAUUAAAGUUUCACAGAGCCGUGACGUGGCUUUGAUUCUACUUCAUUCACCUCAAAUGAUUGAUGGAAGAGGUGUCUUUGUAAUUAGUGUACCACUUAGAAACGAAACUGCUCUUGAUUUCGAGAAGCGAGUUCGAGAAUUCGAGUCCAAGAUUGGAAUUCAAAAAACCGAUCAAAUACCUCUUACAAUCAGUCAUGAAAUGAAAUCCAAUGAUAUGUUAUUGACCGCAAUUCUCACCUCAGCUAUACUAGCUACUGUUGCGGUGAUUUGGAUUCGUAAGAAUGUCCCACCCAAUUUACCACCAAUUGAAGCGAUUUCUGCUGCUAUUCAAAAAUUGGCAUAUAAAGGGAGCAAACCACAGUUUAAGGAACCUAAAGCGGCGUCGAAAGAUCAAAUGCCACGAUCACCUCCCCCACCGAAAGAUGAGCCGAAUGUCGGAGGUAAUUACUCUGGCGGAUUCGGCAGUGGAAUGCCUUUCUUAGAUGGCCUUCCAGGAAUGGGAGAGCCACAACCCAUCACCACUGAUGUUACAUUUAAUGACGUUGCAGGCAUGCAUGCAGCCAAGCAGGAGGUAAUGGAGUUUGUGACCUACCUCAAGAAUCCAGCCAAGUUCCGAGAAUUGGGCGCAAAUUUGCCCAAGGGAGCUCUGCUUUUGGGUCCCCCUGGAACUGGUAAGACCCUCUUGGUGAAGGCGCUGGCACAUGAAGCGGAAGUACCCUUCUUUUCUGCUGCUGGAUCAGAAUUCAUUGAGGUUAUUGGUGGUCUAGGAGCCUCAAGAAUCAGGAAACUUUUUACUGCAGCUCGCCAAAAAUCUCCCGCGAUUAUUUUUAUCGACGAAAUCGAUUCGGUGGGUCGCAGAAGGUCAGCUACUGGACCGGGUGGGGGUGGUGGUGGCGCCCAAGAAAUGGAACAAACCUUAAAUCAACUCUUGGUCGAAAUGGACGGUAUGGACACAACUGAAGGAACCAUUGUCUUUGCUGCCACUAAUCGAGCUGAUCUGCUGGAUAAGGCAUUGCUUCGUGCUGGUCGUUUCGAUCGUCACAUUUUCAUCGAUCUGCCCAAUAAAGCUGAACGCAAAGAGCUUCUUGAUAUGUAUCUCUCUAAGUAUAAGCUGUCGAAAAGUAUUGAUGUGCCGGCUUUGAGAGACCGUCUCGCCUUAUGGACAUCGGGGAUGUCUGGGGCAGAUAUUGUGCGUUUGUGUAAUGAAGCAGCUCUCAUCGCCGCUAGGCGGGAGAAUACAGACGAUGGAGUUCAAAUCGCAGACUUUGACAGAGCCGCGAAACGUUCAGGUGCCCCAUCUCAACCGGAACGUCGUGUGGCUGCUGUGAUGGAGGCUGGGCGUGCGUUGGUAGCCUCUUUGCUUCCUUCCACCGGGCUAACCCCCUUCCGAGUCUCCAUAGUACCUCGUGUCUCCUCUGGUGAUGCCGAUCCAUCAGGUGGGGGUUCUCUCGGGUUCACUCAGUUCCUUCCAGAAGAGCGGUACCUUCUCAACUCCGACGACAUGGCCGACCGACUCACUGUGCUUGUCGCUGGGCGAGCCGCCGAGGAAUUCGUAUUCAAGGCUUCAUCUGAUGCCUCAGAACGACUUUUGAAGAAAGCGACCGAAUUAGCUUACAAGGAAGUUCGUGAAUGGGGCAUGUCUACUGUGGUUGGUAAUCUCAGCUUUGGUAAUCCUUCACAGAAUCCCUACAGUGUAGAGCCCUAUAGCAAGAAAACAGCAGCUCUAAUUGACAGUGAAGUACAACGACUGGUAAAUGAGGCCUUUCGACGCGCCGUGAAACUCAUUCGAGAGAAUGAGCCAAAGUUGCGACGUAUAGUAGAUACUCUUUUAGAGAAGGAGGUUCUCUCUGCUGAUGAGUUGAAGGCCAUCGUGGGGAAUGUGGCGUCUGGUACCAAUGCCUCCGUGUAG